UGGCGUAGCCAAGCGGCUUGUCACAGACUCUAACACCGGAGUCCCACUCUACAGGUGGGAGAGAAACAAUAAAAACACAAAACUUCGCGUGGAGAACGGUACGCUGAAGUCGUGCUCCUUCUGCUAGCUAGCGCUCUCUCCGCCUGGCCGCAGGGGUCGCUGGGGAGCCGGCCUGGGGCCCGCAUGCCGAUUGGCUGCUCCGGAGUUGCGUCUGGACGUUCGGCCCCGCGGGCUCGCCCUGUAGCCUGCGCGCCGCCGCACCGUUAUUUGAUAACCGCCACUGGGUGGCCCCGAGCGCCCGGAGAUUUGCUACUAACCGAAGCUCUUCUUUCAGUUCACAGAACGCGUCCUCUGACUGAAAUUAAGAUAUGGGGAAAGGGACAGUAACCAUAUUCCCCAAAUCACAGAUCUUUUUAUUAAUUUUGAAGUGUUUGGAUGUUUACAGAAGAUUAUUUGAAAACUGCUUUUGGAAUCAAAGAACAUGGAUCCCAGCAGUGACUACCAUUUCCUCAAUCAGAUUUUGUGGAGAAGAGUGAAACUCACUAUAGUUUCUGGCGUCUUCGAAGGCGUGCUCCAGCAUGUGGACCCUAAUAAGAUUGUUGUCCUGAAGAAAGUGAAGAAUGUGGAGACAGGCCAGAAUAUCCCAGGAGUGAAGAUGUUUUUUGGACAUGAGAUUGUGAAUGUGGAACCACUGGAUGAGGUGGAACAAAGGUCUGUGAGAGAGAAAACAUCAUCUGUUAGUCUAACUACGGAAAGAGCUAGUAUAGAUAAAAUGAAAGAUGAAGAUCUAAAUGUAUGUGAGCCUGCCUCACCUACCCCUGAACCACCAGUUACCUCUUUGCUGAAUGACCUCAAGUACAACCCACUAGAAGAGGAGGAGGUGACAUAUGCAGUCAUUGAUCAGUUCCAGCAGAAGUUUGGUGCUGCAAUGCUCCAUAUCAAGAAGCAAAGUGUCCUGAGUGUGGCUGCAGAAGGGGCUAAUGUGUGUCGCCAUGGGAAACUCUGUUGGCUUCAGGUGGCCACAAAUAGCCGAGUUUACUUAUUUGACAUUUUCCUUCUGGGAAGUCGAGCUUUCAACAAUGGACUUCAGAUGAUAUUUGAAGACAAAAGAAUCUUAAAGGUUAUCCAUGACUGUCGCUGGCUUUCUGAUUGCCUCUUUCAUCAGUAUGGGAUCAUGCUGAAUAAUGUCUUUGACACACAGGUAGCAGAUGUCUUUCAGUUUUCCAUAGAAACUGGUGGCUUUCUUCCAAAUUGCAUCAGUACUUUACAGGAAAGUUUAAUAAGACACCUUAAUGUAGCCCCUAAACACCUCUCCUUUCUAGAAGACAGACAAAAAUUGAUUCAGGAAAAUCCAGAAGUGUGGUUCACCCGACCUCUUCCACCCUCUUUACUGAAAAUCUUGGCCCUGCAAGCAACAUACCUGCUUCCUCUUCGCACAGUGCUUCUGGAUGAGAUGAUGUCUGACCUCACCAUGCUAGUGGGCAGCUACCUAAACACCUGCCGAGAAGGCUCUGCAGACCAGCUUGUGGGCACAGAGCCUACAUGUAUGGAGCUGCCAGAAGAAUUGCUUCAACUCAAAGACUUCCAGAAGCAGCGCAGAGAGAAAGCUGUGAAAGAAUAUAGGAUGAAUGCACAAGGACUCCUGAUAAGAACUGUGCUGAACCCAAAGAAAUCAGAGACAGUGACAGUGGGAAAAGGGGAAAAAGUCAGAGGCUUCUUGUAUUGUAAAGAUUCUAGAAAAGAAAAAGCUCCAAGUUUGACAUCCCAUGAAUUUCAUGAGGAUGGGAAUAUUCCAAAAGGAGAAUUUAAAACAACAGUAAAGUCUCAAUAUCUACCUUUUAUACAAAAAGGAGAAGCCAGUGACAGUUUCAGUAACAGACUUAUUUGCCCUGAGCACAAAGGAUCAGAAGAUGGGAGAACAACUCAGAAAGAACACUAUAUGUUGCCCAAGCAUGAGUUUCAGAAAAGUUUUCCUCUAAAAGAAGAGAGAGAACAGUUAUUGGUUCUCAAAGAAAAGGAAUAUUCAUUGUCCACAAAAGCAGAUGUUUCAGUAUCUCCUUCUCCUCUUCAGGAAACCAGAAUGUCACCAAAUGAUACCUGUCAUCCAUUCAGGAACACUGGGGUUUCCACACUCCCGCCCUGUCCAGCCUUGGAGAAGAUCGACUUGUGGAUAAAUCCACCUCUGAAUUUGCCUUAGGGUUUGCAGUUUGCUUGAGACCAGAGAAGGUCCACAUUUCCACUGUCAUCCAGGGUUUACUCAGUGCUAAAAUGUCUCAUGUCAUGGGUGUAGUUCUGCCUCAGUUGCAGGCUUCAGAGAAAAUUACAUCCUCUUCUUUAUUCCUGCUGUCAUGGUACAUGCAUUAGGAUGGAAAUUAACACAUUAAUAAGGGAAGAAUAAAGUUUCUGAUUAUGUCACAGUGCCAGAAAUGUUUCCAAUGGCCAGAUUAAAGUAUAUCUCAAAAUUUGGGUUUGGAAGUUUUUAAGGAGGGAAAAAAUUAGGGCUUAAUGUCAGGGAGAAUCUAUAAUUUUAAAUUUUUGUUCUGAUUUUGGCUUUUAGGUUGCCUUUCAGGGAGUCCAUAAGACUCUUGGUUAUCCCUAAGUUGAAAAAAUUGGCACCUAAAGUGUUACUAGUAAUUUUCUCCUUAGAAAUACUAACUUUAUGCUUUAAUUUUGAGUGUUUUGUCUGUCUCAAGUCAUAAAACAAUAGCUAAUGUUACAGGAAUCAGUACCUCAAAUUUAUUUCAGUUAGAUGUGUCUUUUUUUUAGUCCAUUUCACUAACAAAACAAGGACUCUGGACUCCUUUUUAUUAUACCUAUUAUGUAAGCUUGAAAAUGGACUUCAUUAUAUUGGUUCGGAGUUAAUACAUGUUCUUAGGAUAAAAGAAAGGUGUGGAGGCAUACACCUAUAAUCCCAGUACCCAGGGAGAGAAAGAGGCUGGCAAGUUCAAGCCCAGGAUGGGGCAAUUUAGCAAGAGCCUGUCUCAAAAUAAAAAAAAAAAGGGUUGGGGAUGUAGCUCAGUGUGAAGGCUCUGGAUUCAAUCAACAGCCCUGCUCCUUACCCCUGACCAAAAAAGAGGCAACUUGUAUUGAGCCUUGUUCAUAGUGUGUAUUUACAAAUUGCCCACAUUCUUUUGUGUAAUUAUAACCAAUAAAGCUGUUUGAACAUUA